AUGGCCUCCGCGGGGCGGGUGCGGGCCCGGCGAGGCGCGGGUGCGAGGUAUUCCAAGAACACUGCAGGGAGAGCACGUUCCACGGGAGAUAAAGCCGGCCAGCCCCACAAGCCCACUGACGUGUAUGAUUUUUCUGAGAAUUCUGGAAUCUCGAGCGUGGGCAGGAUGAGCGACAACGAGAAAGAUGAAGAACCUUAUGAAUCCUUUGAGCCGCCUCUGCACAGCACUGCGAUCUACACCGAGGACGCCGAGCUCUCCGAGCACUCCUGCUCCUUCAUCCCUCCAGCCCCCCGAGGAGGAGCAGCAAAAGGAAGUUCGAACACUUCGGAAAUUGAAGAAAGCGAAAACGAGUCUGUAAAAAUUAGUGCAAAAAAGCGAGGAAGAAAACUCAAGCCCAUCAGUGAGUCGGAAAGCUGCAGUGAAAGGGAUAAACCAGCAGAGAAAACAGGUAGCCAACAACCUGAAGCUGCGUCAACUUCAGAACUUUCAGAGGAACCAGCUGAACUUGGCACUUCUAAAAAGAAAACUCAGAAAAAGAAGGCAUUUCAUGGCAAAAGAAAGAAAUCAAGAAGCGAAGCCCUGGAUUCAGGCAUGGCUGACUGUACACAUAUUUGGUGUCUAAAAGGAAAGAAAAGCAGUGACAUCAUGGACUUAGAUGUUGUUUUGUCAGCAUUUGAGAAAAUCCUCCCCGAGUAUAAACAAAAAAUAGAAUCUAAAAUUUGCAAGGAAGCAGUCGGCAAAUUUCAUUCUAGUAUGAAAGAAGAACUCAUCAAAAUGCUUGCGGAAGUCCAGAUGUUGAAAACUCUGAGGAGGAAGAAUGCUAAGACGAUUUCAGACAUCGAAAAGAAAAGGCAGCGUUUGGUUGAAGUCCAGGAUGAACUGCUUUGUUUAGAACCACAGCUGAAACAACUGCAAACACAAUAUGAUGAACUUAAGGAGAGAAAAUCUUCUCUGAAGAAUUCAGCGUGUUUCUUAUCUAAUUUAAAGCAGCUUCAUCAAGAUUAUUCCAACAUUCAGGAGAGACAACCAAAUGUAAAGGAAACGUAUGACUCAUCCAGCCUUCCAGCGUUGUUAUUCAAAGAAAGAACUCUUUUAGGAGCUGAGAGCCACCUGCAAAAUAUCAACCAUCAAUUGGAGAAACUCCUGGACCAGAAAUGA